AUGGCGAGUCCCUACAUUCUUAUCGACCCAGCGUCGACCAAUCGAUUCUAUUUUGAUUGGAAAACUCUUGAAAGUUCGAACCUUGACGAAGGAGCAAGAGCUAUAUUGGUCCAUAUUGUCCUGAAAACCACCCAGGAUGAAAUACCGGAACGGAUACGACAGUCGCUUAAAGAGAGCUCAGGCCUGUUGGCCGUUGAUCUGAACUCCGGAGAGUCUGCUGAUGUGGCAUCGACAGAUAAUGAAUCGUUAUUUACCUGGUUGCAUCAUUUGCUAAACACCAAUAAGACAUCGGAGACUAGAACUUCCGUGAUUCUGGUGGUUCCUCAACAGGAAGGGUAUAUCAUCCGCAGUGACUUUGUGGAGGAGCGUCUCCGGGGAUCCCAAGGCGUGCAUCAAACUAUCGGAUUCGUUCAGCCUGGGCAACUAGUACGACCGCCGACCUCAAAAGGAACCUCGACGAUACAUCAAUUCACCUGUUCUUUAACAUCAGCCGUGGGCGGUAUCGUUCUGGCAGAAGGAAGCAAAUUCACCGUCAACCAGCAAACGCAACACGAACUGCAAGAUAGGCUGGCAUUUCCAUGGCUCUCAUCCACUCCUAUCUCUCGUCGACGGAUCGCGCUCGUCGGAGAAGUGCGCCCGUACCAUCUAUGUGCGAGACUUUUUCAGGCUGCACGCGCUCUUGGAAUCGAUGUGGUUGUCGUGGAUUCCGCUGGUCACUGGCUACAAGAUGAGAAUUCCACCCAUUCAAACCUCCGAGAGGCUUUCAUAGAAGUGAAUAUGAAAGUAGAUCCAGACCUACCGAAACGCAUAUCUGAGGCGAUCCGCAAUUAUCCUCGCCCCAUAGAUGGCGUCGCGACCGUCACAGAAUUCCUCCUGAUACCAGUGGCUCGGGCUGCGGAGAUACUAGGGCUCCCUACGUCCCCAUCGACGGCUUUUGCUAAAUCGGUGGAUAAAUACGAAACUCGUCGAACACAAGGAUCAGACGCAUGUCUUCUUCUCUCGGGCCCUGAGGAGCUUAACAAGUUCCUAGCAAGCGGCGGAGAAGGUCUUCCGCCAGCGCCUUGGAUCGUGAAGCCUUGCAAUGGAUGGCAUAGUCUGAACGUUAUGAAGGCUACAACUACAGAGUCGCUUAGAGCGGCAGUUGAAGUUGUCUCGAGACACACAGCUUACUCACGAAGUGAUGCUUCCAACCAAUCCAAGUGGCAAACCAACGUCCUCGUUGAGGAGUAUUGCGACGGGCCCGAAGUGGACGCGAACUUCGUGCUUUGGCGCGGCGAGAUCUUAUUCUUCGAAGUUGUGGACAAUUUCCCAUGCACAGCGGAUAGCGGCACAGGAGACGUGAAUGCAGAUUUCAAAGAAACACAAUUGGUGUUUCCCACUGCUUUACCCGAAGCCGAGAAGCUGCAAUUGCGCCAGUCGUUGUACGAGUCCAUCCGACGGCUGGGCUACGAAUCUGGGAUUUUCCACGUUGAAGCACGGAUGCGCAAUUCCACCUAUGAGUAUCGACUAGACGAAGCUUCUGGUGGUCUUGACCUCCGUCCGAAAAUGACUGCUCCUUUGAAGGACCCCGGCGUGUUCCUAGUUGAAGUCAAUGCUCGACCACCCGGGUAUGUCGAUGCUAGCGCCAGCGCCUUCACCAACGGCGUGGACAUGUUUGCGCUACAACUACUGCUUGCUUUGCAAGACGAAGCGCGGAUCCGAGCACUUUCGAUUCCGUUCAAGUCAAGACCUCAUGUGGUCAUUAGUGCCAUCCAAGCAGAUAGGUCGGGAACGAUUAUAUCCGAAGACCCGUGGCAGGACUUCCAUCAGAGAAGCCCAGAGCUAUCUAACCGAGUAUUUGAGAGUCCGAUGAAUUUCAAAAAGGGGGAUUGGGUGGCUGAUCCUAAACUAAGCACCACGCCCUGGCUCUCGGGGUUUGCUGUUUACUCAUAUGAGGGUCGUACCGGUGUUUUAGAGGCAGCUGAGCGAGUGAGAAAGGGAUUUGAGUGUGUUAUUGAGGAGUAG